UUUUCUCGUUAAAGAACUAAAUGACUAUAAACCUAGACCAAAAUAUAUGCGUUAAUUUCCCCUUUUCGACCAACAAGUUUUAACAUUUGUACAGUAAUGAGUAUUGGUGUAUAUGUACUAAGAAUUUAUGUUUGAAAGCAAUCAAGGAACACAUUAUAUUUUCCAAGUGUUUCAUAGGGAAUCACAGGAGCGGAUCCAGAUUUUUUUUUUUCAAAGGGGGUUUCUAAUUAAGAAGAUAUUUGAUUUUUUUGUUCUCGGGAGAAAUAGCAGUAUUUUUUUUUUUUACUGAUGAUAUUUCAAUUUGAACCCUUUAUAUUUGAAUUAAUGUCGUACUUAAGUUCAUGUAUGCACAAGGGAUCCAAUCUAAUUUCCUUUGCAAUCAUGUAUUUUCCUUUGCAACAAAUAAAAUGGCGGAGAUGAAGCGGAAACAGAAAAUGUGUCAGUGAUAAUUGUGUAAUUUUCGAAACAAUAGUGAUUAAGAUUGAUUCAUGAAUGUUCCGUUUCGGCGCGCCUAUUCCUUCUUUCAAAUGGGGAAAUUUUGCUGAAGUGAUUGACCUGAAGAUAAAAGAACCAUGGAAGUAAAAUCAGAGGCAUGUCGAUGUUGUUAGCCACAUGCAUUUAGCUAAGAUUGAUUAUUAGAUAUAAUUAUUGCAUUUUUUAAAGGUUUAUACAAUGCAUGAUUUUAUUAGUUACACAGUUAGUUAGUGACCUGAUACGGAAAAAUACAUGGUGUGAAAAGAAAACCCGUAUCGGGCGAGGCGAAGCCGAGCCCGAUACGGGUUUUCUUUUCACACCAUGUAUUUUUCCGUAUCAGGUCACUAACUGACUGUGUAACGAAUUUAUCACGUCGAAGACCUCUAACUGUAUAUGUGGGGGUCUAUAUCAUACAACUUAGUCAAAUGUCUUUCCUUUUGAAACGGCUGCAAGUCGAACCCGACGAUAAAUAAAAUUACUCGCCCAAUACGGAUUUUACUCGCAUGAUACGGUUUUUUUCACGGCGUCAUGUGACCAAGAUCUGACCAAUCAGAUUUCAACAAUUUUGUCUGAGGCGUGAUAAUAUACAAUAUUUGUCAUAUAUCACAAAUUUACUUUGCAACUUCGAUCCUUGGACAUGUUUUUGCAACAUUGUUAAAGAAUUGAUACUUAUACUUAAAGGUUAUCUUUCAAUAAAGUGUUAAAGUGAAGCAAGUAUUCGCAAUCAGUAUACAUUUUUCAUAAUUGAAAUCGCUAAAUACGUUCAGUAUACUAAUAUUAAAAGUGGUAUACUAUGCUCUCUCUCUCUCUCUCUCUCUUAUACAGUUUUUAAAAGUUGAAUAAAUGAAAGUUUACAAUAUUUGUCAUGCUUAGAUCCAAGACUUUUGAAGUUUUUGACAAAGGAACAUUUUAAGUUUUCUGUUUUCCUUGUCGUGAAUGUUGGACCUCAGGUACUUUCUGUACCCCCCCCCCCCCUUCUUGUAUUUUUGAAAGUUCAAAUCCUUGGGUAUUUUGGAGGUAUUUCUGAUAAAAUAUGUAACUUGAGAAUUUUUAUAUUUCAAUAAAAUACACAACUUUCGCACACAAACCGUUUUUAGAAAUAUCAUAUUACCGACCAUAACAUCGUUGCAAACAAAAGUUUGUAAAGGGUCCUUCUUGUUGUUUUAAUAAUGCAGUCAGCUUUUUAUAUUGUGUAAGUAUUUGUAGUUUACUUUUUGGUGCUAAAUAAUUUUUUGUGUUUUGCCUUUUUUAUGUAACUUUGUCGUCCUGAAAGCAUGACAUUUUUCCCAAAUGUAUGACUAAUCGCCGUUUCUUGCGAUGCGUGACAGUCUUAACCAAAUGUUACGAGUGCUGAUCGUAAGAGGUCUCGGACAUCCUGAAGGGGAUCCGGAACAACAAGACUGAACGGGGAGGUAGACACUAGGCUUAUAGUAGGCAUUCCGAACAAAUGACUUGUACAAGUGGAUCUUCUAGUUGGUACAGUGAUUGGUGUUGUAGAUCAUGUUGCGUACAGCAAGGAAAAUAUUUUAAGAACGUCAUAUUUCAUGAAGUGAAAUAGAUCUAUUGGUGUAAGACUUUGACGUCGGUAACAACUGGCUGACCUCGGACUAACGCUUGUACUGCAGCCUUAUUCAGGACACCCAGUAUUAGUGACAGCCCUUCAACCACUGCACACACUGUAGAGCCUUAUUCAGGCAGACACUGUGAGCAGUAAAGUCCAGUACGCAGGACAGACGGAUUAUGUGGCUAGCCUUUAUCUGAUCGACCUCGACAGUGGCAGGCCUCUUACUACUAAGAUGCACACUAUGAAUGUCUCCGGAAAUUCGUCAGUUCACAGACACAGCCUUGAGAAACUGGAGUACUCGGAAUUCAUCGCAGAAUAUCUUCCUAUAUUCAUAUAUCUUUUGAUCCUUGGAGUGAUUGGUACUUUUGGGAAUUUACACGUUCUGGUUGUAUACUCCCAACGCUACAAACCGUCAAAUCAUCGGAUAUUCAUCUUAUGGUUAGCGACUGUUGAUCUCUUCUCAUGUACUAUCAGUAUUCCAUUUGAAAUGUACGAUAUUAGGUACAGAUAUACAUUCACGGCUUCCUGGGCUUGCAAGAUAUUCCGUUUUCUGAACCACGCCGCCAGUGUCUCCUCGGGAUUUCUUCUUGGAUUAAUUGCAUUAGAACGUUUUCGAAAAGCUUGUCAACCUACCAAAAGCCAAAUGACACUAAAACAAGCAAAAAUAGCAUGCAUUGUCAUACUAUUGAUCAGUUCUUUUCUGGCUGUACCCGCUGUUGUGAUUUACGGUGCCAACGUGUCAGAAACGUUUCAUCCGGGCAUCUUAGGAUCAGAUUGCACAAGUUUGAGUAAAUAUAAAGUUUACUUUAGAAUAUACAGCGGAUCGUUGUUGCUUUUCUCAACUACUGUGUUUGUUGUGUGUAUCAUUAUCUAUAUUUUUGUUGGAAAAGUACUUUAUAGGCAAAUGCAAUUUCGCAAGAAAGCACAACUACGAAGAAAUAAACUGAAUGCGUUGUCGUCGUUUUCAUUGAGCGCUCAUUGUUCAACAACCAAAUUAGCAAACUUGGGAUCCAUGGCUUCUCUAGAUAAAGUUGAAAUUGAAGAUGAUCCAUCUAGUCUCAAUGAACAUUCGAGGGUAAAUAAGUAUCAUUCCGGAAAUGGUGAACCACAUAUUCAGAAAAGAAAAACCAAAAUCAAUCGUUCUAGAAGAAUCACGCUAAUGUUUCUAGUAGCAACAAGUGUAUCGUACCUUGGUUACCUUCCCAACACAGUGUUUUCAGUUAUAAAGGCACUCGACACCGUGACAUUCAAUGGCAUAGCAAUGUGGCUUGGUGCUUCUGUUUUCAUUCUUCUCCGUUUAUAUUUCAUAAGCAAUAUCACUAAUCCAAUAGUGUAUAGCUUUAUGGAUGAGAGAUUUCGAGAGGAGUGUUGCAUUUAUUACCGCAGACUCAAAACAUUGGUGAGCCGUAUCAAAAAUAAUAAUUGAUUGUUCGAUAUAAGUACUUACAUCAGUCAUCCUCUAGAAAUGGUUCCAAUUUCAUGGAAGCAAAAUGGCUAAAAAUCAACCUCAAUAUAUCUUAAAAUUGACACUCGAUAUCUAAAGUUUAGCCUUAUGUUGACCUGAAUUCAAAAUUUUACCCAAAGGAAAUGUACGGAUGUGAAGAUAUUUUGCUUCAAGUUUUACUGCUGAAAAUAUCAACACGGAUGACUGUCUACUUGCGCUUCUACUGAUCAUAAUUCUGUAUAGAACCAUUGCUUGGUGUAUUUAUACAUGUAAUAAUACUAAUGAAUAGGUACCAAAUGACACUAUUCCUGGCCAUUUAACCGACAUAACCCGAAGGAAAAGGAAAUUGACUAAUUAAUCAUCAUUCAUCUUUUUAUUCGGAAAAUUUCAUAAUAUACAAUUUUACGGGACUUUCGACAUACGGAUCCACUCUGACUUUUAUUGCGCGUUGAACGUAAUUUUUCCAGAUUACAAUAAUUACUAAGUAAACAAGCAUGGAAUACUUCAAUUGCUAUCAAAUUAUUGUAUCAAAAUGCUAUUUUUCAAAAAAGGAAUCACUACAACCAUUUAUAGGGAAAUGCAUUUGAUUAAAUUAUGCGAGUUGGCGAGGAAAACAAAUCUAGGGAAUAUCUUGAGGAUAUCGGUAGAACUUCACGCCUUCCAUCCAAUGAUACGCGUCUUAAUGCGCUUUUUUCCUUCCAUCCAAUUUACACUCAGGUACUAAGCACCAACAGUGACUUGGAUCGUCAUCGUGGGACUGCGCAUAGCACUUUACGGACCGUCUUCUAGUUGUAUCGAUGUCAACUUUGCCCUACAAUUGCUUACUAUCACGUGACCGUGGUGUAUAAACGUCAGGUCUAAUCGGUCGUUCCGGCACAUCCGGAAAGUUCCGUCAGAAAGCAGAAUUCUGAAGAAGAAAACUUAGGCUUCUUAAAAACAAAAUCACAGCCACAAAUCCAACCGGCCUAUAUCAUUAUGACCGACCCCCAUUUAAGAUUAUUUUAUAGUUGGAAAGUAGGUUUAUGAUCAUGAUUAAAAUAGAUAACGGAGAGAAACCCUCUUUAUAGAACCGAAUGGCCGGUGAACAAACACUUUUUUUUAGCGAUGACUAUGCUUACAAAUACUACUUUUUUCCUUUGUUGAUCUUUUUCAAAAUACGUAUUUCUUUGGGUUUUUGUUGUUGUUUGGUUGUUAUUGUGCUGUUCUUUUCUUCUUAUUUUUUUCUUUCCUUUUUUUUCUUCUUCUCCCUCUUAUGUCUUUCUAUGUUUGUCAGAGAACGUUUUGAAAGGACAUUAAAAAGCAGCUUCUCAAACUAUUCGAAAAGACACUAAAAGGCAUAUUCUCAAAACCUUGACUGAAUUAAAGCAAACAAAUCUUAAACAAAUUAUGUCUUACCUCAGUAACAAAGUGUCAAUUCCAUCACGUUAAGAGACAAAAAUAAGGUUUUAGAUUCAAGUUUAUAUGUAAUGUUAAUCUGAAUUACAUAAUGUAGCAUCCAAAACACGAGCACCAUGUAAAUGUAUAUUAUUAACUGAUUUAACAAGAUAAUCUUCAAAACAACCAUGUUAAUUUCUGAAUUCUAAUUCAAAUUUUUCAUGAAUUCAGAUGAGAGAUAAAAAAAUAGUUUAAGAAAUUGGUAAUACUAUUUAUCAUUAAAAAAACAACCCCACACACGUUUCAUUCAGUCUAAAUUAAACGUCGUAUAAACUGGGGGAAAUCGACAAAUGACCGAAAAUGUAAACGAUGUUUGUAUUCAUCAAGAUAGACCUAACUGACACAUGCAGCUAGAUUCCUGAUUAUAAAUACAUGUUACAGUUCUAAGUCGGGGGAGACAGGGCGACAACGGGUUAAUUUAUAAAAAAAAAAACUAAAGCGAGGAUCUUUUAUUAGGCAUAAUAAUGACAUUUUCGACAUGCAUGAUUCAAAAUAUCAUCACAAUCAUCAUUCUAGAGUACUGAAAGAUUUCAAAAUUGGUCCAAAAAACAAAUCAUAAUUAAGUCGUUCUAUAUAACUACGUUAGCGACAUCGGAAAAUGCCGGUAUCUCGCUAAAUGACAUGGCUUUUUCAAAUGCAUCUUACACAAAAGGUACCACACCUAUUAAAAUUCGUGUUAUCUUUCCUAGAUUAACACAAUAGAAAGUUUGUAAACAUAUAAUUGAAAAUAAAAAUGAAUACUGAUGAAAACCUAGCGACAGCCUAUUUUUGCAAUUGGAAUCAUUUCUGAAAAAUGGCAGAUAAGUGUCCUACACUGUAUCAUUUAUUUAUGUACUACAUAAUAUUGAGCCGUUCCUAGCAAAAAAAACUCCAACAAUGUUUUUCAAAAAACGUCAUAAUGCAAGAACGUGACGUAAUUUUUUGAAUAUUUGUAAAGAAAAAGGUCACGAUUACCAAUCACGAUUUGGUUGUCAUCUUUGAUUGACCGUAAUAUCUUAACGACAACCAAUAUUGCUCUAAUAUUUUAAGGGAUUGUUCUCUAUAGUUCACAUUUUAGCACUAAAAUACUUAAGGACCCUUUUUGCUAGGAUGUAUGAAGUUUUAGAUGUGUUUUUUUUCUUAUGUACUUUUUAGCAAUAAUACAGCUAGUCUUCAGAUUAUAACUUGAUAUACAACCUAUAAACAGUUUUCUCGAUCGAUCGAUAGACUCGACUGCAAAUAACUCCUUGAUGAAAAGGUGGAGAUAACGAACAGUGAUCAAUCUGAUAAUUCCUAUAAAGAAUACAAAAUUAAGAGUAGGACAAACACGAACCCUGGAAACACCAGAGGUAGGAUCAGGUGUCUAGGAGGAGUAAGCACACCCGCCAUGAGCCAUAUAUCUUGAUCAGGUAAACGGAGUAAUCGGCCGUAGUCAAAAUCAUUAUAAUAAGAACAAUUAGCAGUUGUCCUACUUAGCCUAAACUAAAACUAAAUACUUUUCCAUGACGUUGUGCAGGACAAUUUCUGUGCUAUGGACAGUUACGUGGUAAAUAUAAUUAUUAUCUGUUGAUUUACCUUUACUUGUUACGUGCUGAAUUUCAAUGCAUCUUUAAUUUUACAAAACUUUGGUAAUUGCAAAAUUUUAUGUAAUUUUCUCUGUUAUGAAGGGUAUUAUUGUUUUCAUAUUAUGAUAACUGUCAAUGUUUUAUGCUCAUAUAUUUAGCUUUGUGUAUCUUAAAAAAAUAAAUAGCAGCUAAUUUCA